AGGGGCGGGGGUGGGGCCGAAGUCUCGGGUCAUGUGACAGCGCCCCUGGACGUUUUUUUCAGCGCUGCGUUAGGUCUCGGCUCUCCCGCGUCCCGUGUGGUUGCUGGCGGCUUCGUUGCGGCGCUCCUCUUCUUUCGGGUCCUCUCUUCUCGCUCGGAGCGCUCCGUCAUGGCGGGCCGAAGUGCGGUGGGUUUCCUCUUGGCGGCUGCCCUGCUCGGGUUUUUACAAACAGCAUCAUCGUUUCAAGUGAAAGAUUCACAGGGGAAACUAUGCCUAUCAGCCAAUUUCUCCAUGCGGUUCACAGUGGAGUUCAUGACAAAGAGUAAACAACAGAAUGCAACCUUUAUACUUCCACCUGAUGCUCAUGUAAUAGAGGAAGCUAGCAAGUGUGGCAAGAAGGAAGCACCUGAAGAAAUUCUUGUAGUUGGAUUUGGCAAAGGACAUUCAUUAAAUAUGACAUUUGAGAAGAAUGAGUCUCUCUAUUAUGUGGUCAGUGCUUUGGGGUUCAAAUUCAACUUGAAUGAUUCUUCCAUUUUCCCCAAUUCAUCUGGAGAACUAACAGAAGUAAAAAAGGGAACUGAUAUUCAAGCAGACUUAAAUACAAAAUAUUUGUGCCAUAGCAACAAUUCAAUAACUGCAGGAAAAGUGUUUGUUCUUCUUAGUAAUGUUGCAGUUGAAGCAUAUGUUACAAAUAACACCCUCAGUAAGAAAGAAACAAUUUGUUCUGAAGACAGAAGUCCUACUACUGCUCCAGUAAUCCCUACUCACCAAUCAUCAACUCACACACCUUCAACUACUGUUGUUACAACUACCAGUGUACCACCCUCAUUAAAACCAGAAGUUGGACAAUACAGUGUAAAUGGUACAUCUGGGACGUGCUUACUUGCUUCUAUAGGUCUACAACUUAAUCUCACCUACACUGCACAAAAUAAGAGUGUUCUUUCAAAAGUGUUGAAUAUUCCAGCAAAUGCAGUUUCUUCUGGGAAGUGUGAUAACAUGACAGUUAUUUUAAAUUUAACUUCUGGGAACACCAAAAUUUCUCUCAGUUUUGCACAGAAUUCAAGUAUUGAGAAGUACUUCCUGCAUGGCAUCCACGUGAGCGCAGAUCUUCCUUCUGAAGCUACAGAAAAAAGUAUCAGUGUUGUCAACAAUAGCCUAAGUGCCCUAAAAGCUACAAUUGGAAAAUCUUACAAGUGUGUGGCAGAAGAGAUAAUUCAGGUUUCAGACAAAGCUGCUCUCAAUAUGUACAAUGUUCAAGUUCAGGCUUUCAAGAUUGCAGGAUUCAAAUUUGGAGCAGUGGAAGAAUGUCAGCUGGAUGAAAAUAACAUGUUGAUUCCUAUUGUAGUUGGUGCAGCGCUUGCUGGACUUGUCCUUAUAGUGUUGAUUGCAUAUUUAAUUGGCCGAAAGCGUAGCCAUGCUGGUUAUCAAACAAUUUAAUGAUUUGCACUGAAUUAAACCAGCAUGGAAGAACAGCAGUUGCAAGAAGCAGAAAAUUGAUUCCCCUCCCCCAUCUUCUCCUCAAUUAGAUUUAUGAGGGAGCACAAUCUUUUCCUUACAACUGUUUCUUGCAGUAUCUGCUUUACUAAAUGUGAAAUCCAUCUUGUGGCAUUUAACCAUGCACAAAGGGUAACUUUAGUUCUGUUUAAUUUUGCUAAUGGGUUAAAUAUUUGCCCAUCUAGAAACAGGCUGAAAUUUUAUGAAUGCUUUUCUGAAUUGGCAUGGUUUAUAAUGUCAACUACUUAAAUGAGGAUAUAGUUACUUCAUACUCCACUUAAAUUCAGAUUAAUUGUGUUUAACAAAGGGAAAUUUCCACUUUCUGGUACUACCAACUUGUGCUGACCUAUGUUUUACUGCAUUUACAGUAAUGAUUGACCAACCAACCUCUGCUAUUCCCACUUUGCCUCUACCUAGGUGUGUAUCAUUAAUCUUUAAAUGCUAAGCUUGGUAUAUGCAAAGUGUGAAAAUAAAAUGUGGCUAACUCUUGAUAUAUUUUUUGGUCUGUCAGCUUAGUAGGAGCUGGCCCUUUUUUACAUGAAAAUGGGUGUUACUUUAUUUUUGGUAAAGUGAAUUUCAGUCUCUUUUGUUGGAAGUUCAAAGGAGAUCCUGUUUCUGCACAUGUGUACAAUAAAUUUCAAUCUGCUAAUUCUUGCUUUGACUCUGGCUGGGACUGUACACUGCAAGGAUCAGUUAUGAAUGCAUUGCCUGUAACAAUGCUAAUAAAGACUUUUCUGUA